UGCGCGGCUCCCAGAGCGCGCAGCGUGGCGAUCACCGAUCCAUUGAAAGAGCCAAAGAUGUCGGCUCAGUCAUGUGAUCAGCUGUGUCCAAUCACAACUGAUCAUAUGGGACAUCUACACAGAUCAUCAGAGCACUGAUGAUGAUGAUGUGUAGCCGCCACCUGUCAGCGUCCAUCAGUGCCAGCUCUCAGUGCUCAUCCAUGCCACCUGCCAGUGCCCAUCAAUGCCACAUCAGUGCCACAUUUCAGUGCCCAUCAGUGCCACAUCAAUGCCACAUAUCAGUGCCCAUCUGAGCUACCUUUCAGUGUCACCCAUCAGUGCCAGUCAAUGCCACCUAUCAAUGCCAGUCAGUGCCGUCUAUCAGUGCUGCCAAUCAGUGCUACCUAUCAGUGCCAGUCAGUGCCGCCUAUCAGUGUGCAUCAGUGCCGCCUAUCAGUGCCCGUCAGUGCUGCCUAUCAGUGCCACCUAACAGUG